AUGGCACAGAUUGCCGAUGUCAUCGACUCAUACCUCGCAUCCUCCGUGGACGCGCUGGAGGCUGCUCGACAACUGACAGCCUCAAUCGAGGCAGAUCUCACAGAGCCUCCCGAUGACUAUUCGGCCAGCCCAAUUUUCGACGAGAUACUCUAUCGUAUCCGCUUGGUGACACACGACCAUGCAUGGCAAGAUAAGCUCCUCAAUCCACUGGGGCUAACUGUGAGGGAGCUGUGGAACGGUUCUCUGGAGAAGAACACAAAAGGGACGUGGGCAAGCCUGAACACUUUUGUGGCGCGCCUAACCAUGGCCGAAAUUAUGGAUUUCGACAGUUAUGGUGUUUGGGCGAUGAGGUAUGCACUGGAGGAUGAUACGCUGGCGCCCAAACCAGAGGAGGUAAUGGGAAAGGUAAAUGAGGGGGAACUGAAUCCUGAAGUCCUUGAUUCGCAUGUCCCAGCAGCGGCAGUUUGGGUGAUAUAUGCGGGUAGACACAUAUGGGCACUCGCACCGAAGGGAAAAGAGGGAUCUAAAGCGACGAGAGGCGGCCUCCGGUGGAAAGGAUUCCCAGGCUAUUGCGUCGAGAGAUGGAACCUCUGGAAAGAAAGAUUCCAAUCUUUCGCGGGAAGGACGGAUCUGAAUGCUCAGACCAGAGAGAUGUCGAAGAUGGCUCAUGUCAUCAUGACAAAACUUGACGGCGGUACCGUGCAGCGAUGA